GUGCACGUAGCCGACAAGAUAUGAAGGAAAGCCAGUGGUGAUGGUCGUGCCCGCAACGGUGUUGGUACGGUGGUGGCGUGUGUGCGUGUUGGUUGCUCGGUUAUAUGGCUCGACAAGUCGCAGGCUGUUCAGUUGAGCAACUCAGUCCAUACGCGUGCAUGUGACGAGAAAGAGCGAGGCGGAAAGAAAGAGGGAGGGAACGUAGUUAGUCGAAAGAAGCGAGAGAGAGAAAGAGAGAAAACCGAUUGCGAGGCACGUACAGCCGCGACAGGGAAGAUGUCAAUAAUUCGGUGAUACAGUGGCUCCUGCGAAAAUAUGGAUAAAUAAGAGUCGUAGAGAAGCGUGUGCAUCGACGGCGACGACGUCAUGACCGUGUCGUGGUAUUAUAGUUACCAUCUCCUCCCGGUCGGUCGGUCGGUCAGUCUACUGUGACGGAUUUUUGUAACGGGAGUGCACGCGCAUUUGCUCGAACAAGCCGACGAAAAUUACAGCAGUGGCAAGGACACCACAAGCCCCGGGUCGGUUGUGGCGCGGUGCCGAUGGUCCCCGGGAAUUUGUGUCGAUUCUUACGUUGAUCAUCAAUACUCACGGUAUAGGUGACACGGUGGAGUGGCGGUCUACGAGACCACGACGACGACCAACACAACGACAAUCGACACAACCACAGCGGUGACGGCAUUCACAGGCCCAGUGAAUACGUAUCAUACGUGUGUGUAGUACGCGUGCGCAGUCGCUACGCAAGGAUGUUCUUUUGUGUGCGUGCUAUUCGUUUGCUCGCUCGCACGUUCGCUCGCUCUCCCUCGUGUGCUUCCUUGUGGAAACGUAGUACGUGUGCGUACCAGUGUAAGUGUAUACACGUGCGCAAACCUCUUGCAUUGUGUGUCAGUGACUCUCCAUGCUCAUGGUGGAAGUAAGUGAGUGAGUAACAGCGACGUGUGCGGGACGAUAGUGUAUAUCGUGAGUGAAAGACGGCCAGAAGACGCUGACCAGAACGACGACGACGGCGAAGACGACGACGAAUAGAAAGAACGUGCGCGUCCGGAUUAACUCACAAGUCAAGAUGGAGCUAGUAGACGCGGACAUUGACUAGAGGUACAAGGCAAUUAAGAAAGAAGAAGAGAAAAGUGUCCGCCUAAGAGGAGAAUUUUCGGAGGAGGAUGCUCGGCAGUUGGGGCUGGGAAGAAGAAUUGGAGUUGGGAGAGGGAACAGCAACCCCGUCGCAAGAUAGACAAAGACGAGAGAGCCCAGACUCGACGCAUCCUGUCCCCGACAGCCGGGUGCUGAGGUAUGCACCCAGCCGGUGUCACCACCCUCCGAGCUUCAACUCGCCACAUUUCAGCACACAGCCUCCUCUCGACUGUACGGACUAGCAGCGUGAGGUGGCAAAAAUGCUGACUGCGCAUUCUGAGAUGCACGAAAAACGGGGGGAUCCCCUCGGAGGCGGACAGUAUGGAGUGGGCGGGGGUGGUGGCGGCAAUUCGAUUGAAGAAAAAUCUAUUCUGGAACAACCACCCCCGCCGCUGGCGCCUCCUCAGCGGGAUCCAUCCGAUCCAACAAUCAGCGCUAAGAAACUUCCAAAGAAACGAAAGUUCGAUCCAUCGGAGCUCGAGGAGAUGGACAAAACCAGCAAUGUAACAAGCAAUAUAAAUAACAUGGUGAACAUACGGACACCGAACAUGCUACUCGGCCAACCAAGUUUAGUUCAACAAUCAACUUUAGCCCGGCAAUCUCCGCAACAGCAAGAAUCCGAUUGUUAUCAAGUAUCCUCGGGACAUUCGGUGGUAAUUCUACCGCCUCAAAGUACUGCAGUGGAUUAUUCUCUUCGAGAAGAACCUUUACGUUCUCGUCCUCGGCCUGCUACUGUUACUAUUGAUCUCAGUGAGUGGCGCGACCACAGAGUGUUAGCUUUAAGGGAUUCAUAUUAUUAUCCAGGUGUUAUUCGUAACGUUGUUCAAGGAGAGAUUUACAUAGAAUUCGAUGGAGAGAGGAAACUAGUGCGUUAUACUGACGUUUUGGGUGCGGGGAGGUAUGAUGUGAUAGGUGAUGCAAGCCCGUCCGUAGGGCAAGUGGUUUUAGAUGCAAAAGUUUGUAUCAGAUGUCCACCGUCAAACAAUCAUAUUGACGCCGCUAAAGUGUUUGUAAAGGGAACAGUGUGCAAGAUUUUAACGAAGCCUAAGCGUUUUGUUGUUAGAAUACCAAGAGAAGAUGAUCAGAGUGCCAGUUAUGUUGUGAAACGUGCGGAUCUACGAUUAGUGCAACCUCCAUGGUGGGAUGAACUAGAGGAAGGAUUGGAAGACUGUGAUUCUUCAAGAGUUGAAGGAAUUGAUCAUGGCUAUCGAAAUUCUUCGGAAGCUCCAACAGCAGUGCCAAUUAUGCUUCAUCACUCUUCUCACCAUACAUCUCAUAUAUCAGCCCAUAGCGACACAUAUUACAGAACGACUGGUACUAGUCCUCUCAUGACUUCUGCGCAUUCUGCUAGCACAGCAUUAAGUAACGGAAGUCGACCAUACGAUGAUUUAGAAAGUGAAGAUGACUUAGAUAGGGAAGAUAUUACAUUCCCUUCAGAUGCAGACGCAAAAUUAUCAGGAAGCAGUAAGAGGAGUAGCAUGCAAAGUCGGGGAAGUACCAGUAGUCUAGUUGAACAACGCAGUAUAACUCCUCGUUCUCAAGCAGCCACGCCCAGAUCUCAGGCGGCAACGCCACAUAGAUAUAAAAAAGGUGAUGUAGUGGCUACGCCAAGUGGAGUUAGAAAAAAGUUCAAUGGUAAACAGUGGCGUCGACUCUGUAGCAAAGAAGGAUGUUCCAAAGAAAGCCAACGUAGAGGAUACUGUUCUCGUCAUCUUAGUUUGAAAGGAUCUGGCCUUAGAGGUCCAACGAAUACAUUUCCUGGUGGUAAGAUGGAUGGCGAGGAGACAUCAAGAGAUUCCGACACUUCUCCGAAUUAUGGAGAUCGAAGAAUUGCUGGACGAUUCGAUCAAGAUGAAACCGAAGCUGCUAACAUGCUUGUGUCCUUAGGUAGUUCUAGAUCGGCAACUCCGGCAUUUUCAUCGCCAACCGGACAGUCCUCGAUAUCUCCUUGUAUCAAUCAGUCUCCAGUACCACCGUUGGGACUCAAUCAAAACAAUGUGUUUAUGCCUAUUUCGAGUCCUGCUCAUCACGCGCCUCCAUUAGUUUCACCUGGUGCGAAGUGGAAACAUUCACCUACCCAAUCCACGUUCAUUACUCAGUAUCAACAACAGGUGAUAAAACCUGAACCCAAUCGAGUGGUUAGGUCGAAUCGACCAGCUCCAACAGCACCUGUCCCAGCUAGUAUAGGGACAAGCGUGAUAAGAAUCUCUCCUGUAAGUCGUGGUAUACCUGGACCUACUAAUUUAACCUUCUCAUGGUCGGAACAAAGCCCACCACCGCGACAUCCUUCGGUUGUGACGACUAUAGCUCAACAACAACAAGGCAUAAUUCUUCAACAUGCUCUCACAACGAACAAUGGCUUUCCCAACCAUUCGGAAGUUCCAGAACAAAAUGCACAGAUACUAAAACCAUCUCAUUCGCCUCAUAUGCCACUGUCAGCGCCAACACCACAAAACCUAACACUUCUGCAUAAACCUUUGGAACAACCCGUCGAUUAUGCACAACCGCAACCGCAGAACCAGCCAAUUUAUGUGAUGCAGCAUCAACAUGAAAAAAAGUAUCUUGUAAUAAAAAAUAGUGUGGAUGUAUCUACAGCAGGCCAUAUAACUAAUCAAGAUGAUAAGUAUAGACCUGGGCUAAUGAAUCAGCUAAGUCAGCUUCCACCAUCGUUACAUCAAACACAGUCUCAACCUCCGCAAUCACCUGCUGUCUCGUCUGUUCAUAUCGAUAAAUUGUCGGUUUUACAACCAAGUAAAGUACCGUCACACGCAUCUACACAUAUGGAUAUGCAGAGAACGCAACCACCACCUACAAGCGUAGUAAUGACGACUACCACAGAAGCUUCGAAUCCACCUACUCCUACGAGCGUCUUCCAGCAUGUAAUAGUUCAACCAGGAAAUAUAAUACAGAUCCCAAAAAGUCAACCAUCUAGAGAAGAAAACUCAAAAAACAAUGGUGUUCUAUAUGGCAGCCACGAAGUUCCUCCUGCAUACCAGUCCCAUCCCCCAUCAUUACUGAACAAUGCAGUGCGCAACUGGAAAAAAGCUUUUUCCUGGCAGACGACAGUACUGGAUCAAUCAGAAGUGAGUCCUCCACCAUCCACCCUAAGUCCACCUUUGAGUGCACCUCCAAUUCCAAUAAGUAUGAGUACGCCUGGUGAAGAUGGAGCUGGUCCUGGACCAGAUCCUAUUACGCCUGCUGAAGAGGAAGACGAUGACGUUUUUGAAGCAGAACCAACAACACCUGCAGAAGUGGAGGCUAAUGCCAAUAAGAGACGUAGUCAGUCCCUUAGUGCAUUGCAUUCCAAGGAGCCUCAAAGUCCACUUAAAACUAAGGAUCGAAUACGGCGACCAAUGAACGCAUUUAUGAUUUUCUCAAAGCGUCACCGUGCACUAGUGCACCAGAGACAUCCAAAUCAGGAUAAUCGUACCGUAUCCAAAAUAUUAGGAGAGUGGUGGUACGCAUUGGGCCCAGAGGAAAAGCAAAAGUAUCAUGAUUUGGCAUCAGAAGUGAAAGAAGCGCAUUUUAAAGCACAUCCAGAUUGGAAAUGGUGCAGUAAAGAUAGGCGAAAAUCUUCUACAACGAGUUACAAAGGCAGUGAUUCUCGGGGAAAAUUGAAUAGUACUGGAGAAGAGACAGACAUGGGACCACCAACGGACGACGUACCAUUAACACCAAGAGCCAAUGACGAAAUUACUGUUCCUGUUUCUACAGUCUAUAAUGAAGCUCCCCCGAUUGAGGUUAUUAAUCAGUCACACGCGCAUCGGAUAAUGGAAAUGCCUGUGCAAAUCGAAAACACUGAGCCAGACUUAAAGCAGGACGAAGACGGAAAUGUAUCAGAUGAAGAUCAAAUGGUAAUCUGCGAGGAUCCACAACCUGAAAUAGAUUUGAAAUGCAAAGAUAAAUUAACAGACAGCGACAAUGAUAUACAAGACGAAGAUGGUGAAAAGAAAUGUUAUACACAAUCACGAUUUUCGCCUGUGAGUGGUCAAAAGAGGGAGACAAUGACGAUGAAGCAAGAAAUUACAUGCAGGCCUAAACCAAUAAAAGCACGAAUACCUUCAACAGGUAUAGAAACUACAACGAAGUAUCACCACACUUCUAUGGAUAAAGGAGGAACAGUAUCUGUUUUGUCGAGCACGUAUCCUUAUCACAGUCCUGUCAAUCCAACUGGGGUAUCCGGUUUUCAACCUACUGGUGGGGCAUUCAUAACGAUGCCAAUAUCUCCUAAAGUUAUUAAGCCGGAGCCGGUAAAAAGUGAACAGCAAUACAGUACUCAAUACAGUAUGAGCAAUCUGGUGGCAAGCAUUCAUGAAAACGGAAGGAAUAUGCCUAAAUUUACGGCUGCUCCGGUAUUACAUUCUCAGCCGCUGCAAUCCUUAGGCACUAUUCUUCGCCCCCUUACUUCAGCUGUCCCUUAUCAACAAUCGUUCACUGUAACAUUGCUCGAUAACGAUAUGGUGGCUGUUUCCAAACCGCAGCAGGGAUCGCAGUACCUUGGCCCAACGCCGCAACAUCCCAGGAUGUUCUGUGGCUUUCAAAUUCCAAUUUCUGAUGCCGGCAAUCGUAACAUAUCUUCACAAGGUUUAGUUUCUGGUAAUAAGAUGGAGACCCAAAGUGUUAUUGUGAGUAAACCUUACUCGGUUUCGACAACUUCCACUACGUCGUCUUACCGAGGAAUUGGUCAUCCAAUAACACGCCUUGCAGAACCUGAAAAAAAUGAAAACCAAGUAGGAAGCAAUCACGCUCAGUUUUAUGUAACCAAUAUUAAACCUGAUCAAGAGAGGAAAGAUACGGUGAACAUUCUUUUGCCGACUACAAAUGACAAACACAAACAGCCAUCUACUCCGCAUACUCCUCAUACACCGCUUAACAAUCAUGGUAGUACAGAAAUCUCAACCAAUAAAUCAUAUUCUAUGGAUGAAAUUCAAAAUAAUGAUAUAGGUCCAAGUAAGGGGCCUUUCAUGCUUGCUCCAACUCCGGCACAACUUGGUCGAGCACCGUUGCAAAGGAGACAAUCAAUGGCAAUGCCUCCCACAUCAAAUGCAGGAGACCAUGGGCCUCUGACGUCUCAGCAUUGUGACAAUCGUCAACAAAUAAGCACAUCCCAGACCACAGAACAGAUGCAACAACAACAAAAUUUCUCAGAAUCUCAUGCUUCGCCGUCUCCAUCCACCAAAAAAGGGUCCUUUUUCAAGAAAAAUGUCGAAGAUGGAAUGGACAGAGUACUUGAACAAGUUAAUUUCCAAGAAAAAUUUUCGUCUCUACCGGAAUUCAAACCAGAAGAUAUACAAAGUCCAAGUGCAAUCAGUAUAAGCACAGCAAGUUCGUCUGUUCAUGGUUCAGUGGUAACGUCUGGCUUACAUUCGUCAAAUCUACAAUCGUCCAUGCAAAUGCAAAGUUACCGGAAAAAAUCUGUACAGGGACCUCAUAGGCCUACAAUGAAUGAGGACGAUAUCGAGUCAGACACAUCCAUCUCCGCUACUCCAAAAUCAACUUCCAGUGUUAAGUUGACAGGGAACACAUUCUUUGGUCCAGAUUUCAACGUUGAUGCGUACAGAGCUAACAACGAUCUUGUAGGAGAUGUUGACACCAAUUCUCCUAGAACACCAAAGACACCUGGAGGAGGUGCUGGCAAUUCGGUCGGAAUGGGUAGAAGCGAGAACGAACGUGGUCAUAGAAAAGUAUUGGAGCAACGUCGUCUUCUCGUGAUGCAACUAUUUCAAGAAAAUGGUUAUUUCCCUUCAACGCAAGCUACUACAGCUUUCCAAGCGAAACAUUCGGAUAUAUUCCCUAAUAAGACAAGCUUGCAAUUAAAGAUCAGAGAAGUAAGGCAGAAAUUGAAAGCUAACUCUACACCAAUGAGUGCUAACAGUUUGGUUAGUCCAUUACCUGUUUCUGAGCCUUCACCUAAUGUGACUGGACCAUUGACUGCUCCUCCUACAUCGAUGGGAGCUCCACAUUCACUGCCUGUAAGCAGUAGUGGUAGCUAGCACCCACGUGCCAACUGUGAUACUAUACAUCCCCUUACUCCACAGCACGAGUACAUCAUUAUCCAUUAAAAAGGGAAGUUUUUAUUGGAAAAAUCGUUGAUGUAAAAGUUUUCGCGAGUUGUAAAGUGCUGCAAGGCUUUAGUGCAAUUCGAACUUUGAUGUAACCUGGUGCAGGUAAUUUAGACAGGCAUAUCAAGGUGAGUUGAUGUACACAUAUCAGUAGAAUUUUCAUAUUGUAUAUAGAAAAAGAAAAAGAGUCAGAGAAAUAAUCGAGUGUAUCUCAACACGGCUGAUGUUAUGUCGUGUGUUCGGUGGGUAUCUGUGUUCUAUCGGGUCAAUGAUAUGUAUAAAUUGUGAAAUGUUUGUGUGGUAAAGAAUUUAAAUGUAUUUUAGCAACGAUUGCACUCAUUAGUGAAUUAGAGACUAAAAUGUGCAGGCUUAAUCGUAUUAUAUUAUUUGAUAACAGAGUGAAAAGAAAAACGAAACGAAUGAGUAUAAUCAUGUAACUGUUUCGAGAUAAACAAGAGCUUUCUUCUCUUCGAAGAAAAGACAAUACUGUUCUGCAUUCUAAAUCCAAAGAUGAUUUAUGAAAGGGUAAUUAAUAGAAAUGUGGAAAUUAUUUUACUACAUUAUGAAGUCACAAUUCAUAUUUACUUGUACAAUUUCGGAAAAAGGAAUACGUGACAGAUAUUUGUACAUCGAAACACCUUGGCAGGAUUAUGGAAGGCCUAAGCCGUUGUUGAACAUUGUUAAAAAUGUUAUUGAAAUCCAGGUAGACAAAGAAGAGAGAAAGAGAGAAAAAGUGUGUGUGUGAUAUAAAACAAUGAACUUGCGCGCGUGUGUGUAGGAUGUGUAUGAGUAUGUACUGAGAGAAAGAGGAAGAGAAAAUCGUAAUUAGAGAGUAUUAGAAUUAAUGAAUCAUUAUAAAAUGAAAUCAGAGUUUAUAUACUUUAGUUAUACUUUAUAUAUAUAUAUGAUAUAUAUACAUAUUAUAUGUAUACAUACAUGUAUGUAUAUGUAUAUGUAUAUGUAUAUAUAUGAUACAGAUGAAAAGAAGAUGAAAAUUAUAGAAUGAGAACUGCGAUAAAUAUUGCACAAAAUUUAUGUAAUGCAGUCAACAGAUACGAUUAUAUAUAUAUGUAUAUAUUUAUAUACAUUCAUGUAUGUAGUAUAUGUACUUGUAUGUAUAUAUACAUAUAUAUACUGAGGUAUGACUUGGAAUGCAAGAUACCUGGAGAGUUUAAAGUAUCUAUGAUGCUGUGUCUGAAAAAUUUUAAAGACAGAAGCAUUCUUUUGGUGAUUUAUAGAUUAUAAAGAAAGAAAACAGUAAAGAUAAAGAAAUCGUGCCAUUGUGCGGCGACAAACGGAAGGCAAUGCAUGCGUAAACAAGUCCCUUGAAUAGUAAUGAAUUACUUGUUAGACAACCACUUGAUAUAGAUAAUAUCUAAUAUGUUUCCAAUAUUCUCGAAAGUACUUAUCUACUGUUUUUAGAAUCCCGCUCAAGUUCAACGCGUUUGUUUACGUUUUAUAUAAUAUUUUAAAAUUCAUCUGCAUGCCUCUUUAUUUUUUUUUCGUGGCCAAGUUAGAUGUAAGCGGUUUUAAACGGGCCGUAUUUUUUUUUUAUUUAUUUUUUUUGGCCGUGACAAAUUUAUUUGUUUUUAUCUGUUGCUUCGUCGUCUGAUGCGUGCGAUUUAACUUAGAUAAAAUAUGUUUUCAAUUUAAACAAUUCAAACACCGAGCUUCGAGGUAGGAACAAUGGGAAAAUUCAAUGUUAACUCUGUCGAACACAUUGUUGCGAUUCGUAUUUUGUUAUUACGCUUUUAAAUGAAUUUGUUGUUUAUAUUAGACUCAUUAUCACCAUCAUUGCUUAUAACUGUCGCGUACUGUUGGAAACUGACUGAAUUAGAUCUAAUUGUCAAGGAAUUAUAAACGUUGACGAUCACAUACAUAUUACUUCACACGAUCAUAGGUAUAAACCCAGAUUUUUUGGUAAAUUAAGUUUAUAAUUACAAUCAUCUUGUAUAUUACAACAUCGAUUUAUGUCAGUAUCUAACAGUACUUUAACUAGAUUCACGUAUUUAAAUUAUUUAAAAACUAGUGUGGUCACUAUAGUCCCCAGAUCUCUAAGAUUCUGUGUUUUAUGAAAUAUCUUAGUGAUAAUUCUUCCUUAUAGGUGACCUAACAUUUUAUAGUCAUCCCGAGAUUGUCAGAGCAUAUGUUCAUUCUAAAACAUACACGUCGAGAAUACCCAAGAUUACUUUGUUGAAUGCAUAGCUUGAAGCUACAUUUCCAGUAAUUUAAUUACAGGGAAUGUUAUAAUUUUGUUCGAAUUGUAUUUUGUUCAUGCAAGUUAUUUCCUUAUCUGAGCAACUAGUUCAAACAACGUUUUUGAAAACUCAUUUUACAACUGUAAAUUCUUAAUAAAUUAAAUGAUUACCAUACGAGUUACUGUGAACAUCAUUCACGUACUCUGUGGCGAAAUUUUUAUAAAUAUUAUACCUUUCUUGUAUCAAGUUUCUUAAAAAGUUUAUUAUUUUAAAUCAACUAUAUUCCCUAAAGAAAUAUUCUAAUGUAUUUGUUAUAAACAAUCAAUUUCUCAAUUAUUUAUAGCCUUACAUAUCUUAAUAAAUUUAUUCUUUAUCAGGUGACAUUAAAAAUCACUAAUUUUUCGAUCUUAUUCAAUUUUAUUUAUUCUAAUCAGUUUACUGAUUCGAUUUAUUCGUAUUUUCAAUUACUCAUUAUUAUUCAUUAUAACAAUGUAGAAGGUAUAAAGUACUCUUGGAGGUUCUUCAUUGCUCCUUUGGCAGGUGUUCCGUAUUGAUAGACGACAACAAUUCGGACAGUACAGGCUGUUAAAAAAAGACGUCUAACAAAUGUGAAAAAUUGUGGUACUUACGGAACUAAAGAAACAAAAUACUUAACCAUUACAAUUCUUUCACACUAAACAACUAUUUUUAUAUCAAUAAUGUAACUUAUCUACUCGCGUGUACAUAAAUUAUUUUGUAAUUUUAUUAUUUUUAGCUCUUGGAAGCACAUGUCAGUACAUAUUCCUAUCGUCGUACUUUGUUUUUAUUAUACCAUCGGAAACUACUGCUUGCUCUAAAAGGAUUCAGCGUAGGCAUAAUUCCUUACUCGAAGGUUGUCUUUUAAAUUUCGUUUAGUAGGUACCACGAGGAGACUGCAGAUGUUUAUAUAUUUCUGAUAUCUACUACUCUGCAAAACUACAAUAAAUCAAGAACUUGAAUCAAGUUUAAUAUUAUUUAUAUGUUAUUUUUAAUGGAAUAAAAAUUACUAAUACAGAAAAUAAUUUUCAAACUGA